UCUGUUUGAGCACACCCAUGUGAUCAUAAACUCCACCCUCUUUCAACACUUAACAGGAAGAGACUGACUCUCAUGUCUUGACAAAAUCUAUAACGAAUCAGCAAUCAGUGGAGAAUGAAGAAAAAUGCUUUAAAGAAGGAUUUUUGAGACAUUUGUUUCUAAACAGACAGCAGAUCUUUGUGAAUCUUGUGGUUAUUUUUGAAACGGUCAUUCAGGAAGUGAAAGUAAAGUUUAGAACUCAAACAGUGAAAAUGGCUUCACUAUCUGUAGAAGAACUUUCUUGUCCCGUAUGCUAUGAAAUCUUCAAGGCUCCUGUUUUUCUGUCGUGUAGUCACAGUGUCUGUAAAGAGUGUCUUCAACAGUUCUGGAGAACCAAGAAAACUCAGGAGUGUCCUGUCUGCAGGAGAAGAUCCUCAAAAACUGAACCUCCUCCUAAUCUGGCAUUAAAAAACUUGUGUGAGUCGUUCCUGAAGGAGAGAAAUGAGAGGAGUUCAUCAGGAUCUGAGGAGAUCUGCAGUUUACACAGUGAGAAACUCAAACUCUUCUGUCUGGAGGACAAGCAGCCUGUGUGUGUAGAGUGCUUUACUUCACAAAAACACGUCAGUCACACAGUCAGACCCAUCAGUGAAGUUGUUCCAUCAUACAAGGAGGAGCUCAAUACAGCACUGGAGUCCUUACAAGAGAAACUUCAACACAAUGAAGAAAUGAAAGGAGAGUUUGAGAAAACAGUUCAACACAUCAAGUCUCAAGCUGAGCACACAGAGCGUCAGAUUAAACAGCAGUUUGAGAAGCUUCAUCAGUUUCUCAGAGAUGAAGAAGAAGCUACAAUCACUGCUCUGAGGGAGGAAGAGGAGCAGAAGAAGCAGAUGAUGAAGGAGAAGCUGGAGGAGAUGAACAGACACAUCUCAGCUCUUUCACACACAAUCAAAGACAUGGAGGAGAUGAUGAAAUCCAAUGACGUCUGCUUUCUGAAGGAGUUUCCAGUCUCAAUGGAAAGAGUCCAGAGCUCACAGCCGGAUCCACAGAUGGCUUCUGGAGCUUUGAUUCAUGUGCCACGUUACUUGGGCAACCUGCCGUUCAGAGUCUGGAAGAAGAUGCAGGACAUCGUCCAAAACACUCCUGUGAUUCUGGAUCCAAACACUGCGAAUCCACGUCUCGUCCUGUCUGAUGAUCUGAACUGUCUGAGAUUCAAUGGUAACAAACAACCUCUUCCUGAUAAUCCAGAGAGAUUUGACCAUUAUGAGUGCGUUCUGGGUUCAGAGGGGUUUAACUCAGGAACACACUGCUGGGAUGUGGAGGUUAAGGAGAGUAAAUACUGGAUUCUUGGAGUAACUUCAGCAUCAAACCAGAGGAAGGGACAGGAUUUCUUUGACACUGAUGUUUGGUGUGUGACAUAUGGAUGGACUGUAGGUUCUGGUUUUCUUGUUAAACGUAAGCUUGAUCGUGUGAGAGUGUGUCUGGACUAUGACAGAGGAACGGUGUUAUUCUCUGAUCCUGUAACUAACACACAUCUACACACAUUCACAGCCACCUUCACUCACACACUCUUUCCAUUCUUCAGUUGUUAUGAUGGAACUCUGAGGAUCUUAGCGAGCAAUAGUGAGUAAAUGUGCAGUGUGUGAGCUAAUUCACAAUUUACUUGCCCUUCAUUCACUCCUCUUAAGGGAUGUGACAUCUGCGUCUGACUUAUAACAUGACGUCUGUGUCUGUCUGUCUCUUUUUUUUUUUUUUUUUGGAGUUUUUAGUGCGUCUUUCUUUUUCCCAGCUAACGUAUACAAUAUACAUUAAUCAUGUUGUCAUGAGUCGGGUUUUAUAUUCUCCCUGUUUCUCUUUCUCGUUCGGGACCGUGCUACCUCUUCACCGUGAGCCCCCCUGACAAGCUCUGGACCUUUUUCUUCUUUUGUUUGUGGACAAUUUAAGUUCCCCAGCUGUGUUCACGUAAGAGCCGGUGCUCGGCAGACUGCCUGUGUUUCAUUGUUUAUCAAUAAACUGUUUCUGUUCCUGCCA